AUGAAGUUGUUCUACAUUGUUCCCUUCGCGGUGGCGUUGACCUGUGCGACCGCAGCUACUGACUCCGAUGCCAGUAAGGUGCUGGAUAAGCGCAGCAUUUGGGGACAUGGAAUCCAUGUCUUCCCGAUGCAUCCUCGGCUUACCGCUCGAGCGGACGGGCAUGAUGGGUUCGGCGCUCAGGGUAGUUAUCAGGAGGGCGGCAAGAACGAGCAUGGUCACGCCACGACCCAAGGACUGGGUCAUUACGAGUCGAAUCACGAGGAUUACCAUAGUUGGAAGCCGUUGGAAGGAAUGGGACAUUAUGGUCAGCUGGGAGACGAACAGUUCCACCAUGGAGGAGAUCAUCACAAUGUGCAGUUGGAAGGCAAGCAUGACUUGGGCGUGCAUCAGAGUGGUGGCGAAGGAGGGCAUCACGGGUUUGAAGGAGGCCAUGGAUUUGAUGGACAUCACAGUUUUGGAGGACAUCUAGAACUAGCAGGACAUGAAGGAUUCGGGGGUCACGGUGAUCUAGGAGGACAUGGCGAUCACGAAGGUCACGGUGAUCUGGGAGGUCAUGGAGGACAUGGCGGUUUUGGAGGUCACGGAAGUCACGGUGGUCUGGGAGGACAAGGUGGCCUAGGAGGACAUGGUAGCUUCGGAGGACACGGUGAUCUUGGAGGACACGGAAGCCACGGUGAUCUCGGAGGACACGGCAGUUUCGGAGGACACGGCGAUCUUGGAGGACACGGCAGCUUCGGAGGACACGGUGAUCUCGGAGGACACGGUGAUCUCGGAGGACACGGCGAUCUCGGAGGACACGCUGCUCUGGGAGGUCACGAAUCAUUUGGUGAUCAUGAAUCUUUCGGUGGUCACGAGAGCUUCGGAGGUCAUGGAGAUGCGGGCACACAUCAGGCCUUCACCCACGGCGGCCAUCAUGGAUUUGGAGGACAUGAAGGGUACUCGUUCGGUGGCCAUCAUCACGGUUUCGGUGGACAUGAUGAUCAUUCGCACGGCCAUCAUGGACAUCACGGAGGGGAGAAGGAACAUCCCAUCAAGGAGCUACACCUGGAUGCGGAGUACGAACACGGCGAUGAUCACAAGGAGCACAAGGAACACAAGGAGCCGAAAAUCAAGUACAUUACGGUGACGGAGCGUGUGCCGGUGCCGUACAAGGUGACCGUCGAGAAGAAGGUGCUCGUGCCGAUCAAGGUCCCGUUUACCGUACACUCGGAGAAGGUGGUACCGAUCGUGGUGGAGAAGAAGUUCCCGGUGGUCGUUGAGAAGCACGAAAUCAUCCACGUGGACAAGCCGUACGAGGUGAAGGUACCGCACAAGGUCGAGGUGCAUAAGAAGGAGAUCGUGAAGGUGGAGAAACCGGUGCCGGUGAAAAUUGAAAAACCCGUGCCGUACAAGGUGGAAAAGCCAUACGUGGUGCACAAGCACGUCCCGGUCAAGGUGUGGGUGAACGUCAAGAAGGAACACCAUGAUUAA